UGGGCGAGAACUAUAAUAAUGUCGUCUGCUUAUUGGGCUAUUGACUGGGACGCGCGGUGAGACGUUCAUUUUCUGCGUCCGUGUUUCUCACUUCCGCUUGUGUGCGUUUGCGGGCCAAAGAAGGGUUUCUAAGCAACAGUCCAGGACUCACACACUUCGUCUAAACAGCCUGCAAGCAUUGCAGAACUGGUAGUGCAUACUAACACUGGAAUUUUCUUCAAGAUGAGCUUCCUCUUGCCCAAACUGACUAGCAAGAAAGAAGUGGACCAGGCCAUCAAAAGCACUGCAGAGAAAGUGUUGGUUCUCAGGUUUGGAAGGGAUGAGGACCCUGUCUGUCUACAGCUGGAUGAUAUACUCUCAAAGACCUCUGCUGACUUAAGUAAAAUGGCUGCUAUUUACCUGGUGGAUGUGGACCACACUCCAGUUUAUACGCAGUACUUUGACAUCAGUUAUAUUCCAUCUACUGUAUUUUUCUUCAAUGGGCAGCACAUGAAAGUGGACUAUGGGUCUCCUGAUCACACUAAAUUUGUAGGAAGCUUCAAAACCAAACAAGACUUCAUGGAUUUGAUUGAAGUCAUCUACCGGGGAGCAAUGAGGGGGAAACUUAUUGUCCAGAGUCCUAUUGAUCCCAAGAAUAUCCCCAAAUAUGACCUCCUCUAUCAAGACAUUUAGCACACUCAUGGCUGUUGGAGAUAAAGGAGUCAUGUGUGGAACAGGACCUGAACCCAGAGGGCCUGUGGUCUGGAGUCCCUCAGAGACAUGUUCACUGCCCCAGCAAAGAGGUUUGAUGUGCCUGUAAUCAAUGGCCCCUGGGCAGCAGCCCCGGUACUCCCAAGAAUCCGGAUGCUUGAGUGUCCAUUCCCUGAGAGCCUCAGAGCAGUCAGGUGACAGUGUUCGGUCAUCUUUGUAACUUCCCUUUAUCUGGACCUGUCUUUACCCUUAAAGUCAUGCAUCCUGUGAGAACAGCUUGAUUAACAGACAGGAGCGCGCACCGCGCUCGCGCGCACACACACACACACACACACCUCCCCAUGCUUCCAUUCACUUGCCCCCUUGCUCCCUCCUACCCCAGCUUCUAUUGAAAUAAUUAACAUUCUGUUAGCUGCAGGUGAGCUCUUUUGUUUUCAGGACUGAAAGCACUGACCUGUUUAUAGCUGUUCGUUUAUAGCUGACAGGCUAUUAAAUUGAUGAGAGGAAAAUGUGGUCCUUCACCAUCCAGCACAGAUCAAGCUAAACAACAAGUUUGCUUCCUUGGGAAAAAGGGACAGAGCUCCCAGAAGGCAGUGCCACCACCUUAUUUCUAGGACUCAAGACCAAAGGUAUAUCAGAAUUGGUAAGGGGGAAAUGUCAGUGGGAUUUGCUGGUUCCAGUGGCUUUUGAAGAAUACCAAACCUCCCAGGGUUCCCUAGCCCAACCUCAGAAUACCUGUGUUUCUCGUAAACCGCAUGGUGGCUGUUGUCCCUGACUCUGGAAUGAGAGUAGGUACAGAGCUGGAGGUCUGCGGUCAAGCAGCUUGUGACCUGCUGGGCAGCAAGGGACUUGUUGCCAGUAGAGGCCCAGGCUUGACACAGCAGCACUGUCACCCCCUUUCAGCAGUGCCCUUCAGGGAAAAGUCAAAUGGAACCCGGUUCUGACGAAUGUGGCACAGAAGAUUGUUGGGGCUUUCCACACCCUCCACUUAAAGCUGAGAGUCACUUUAGGGAUGAGGAAAAUGUCCCUUCCCAUCCUCUCCUUAGGAUACAUGGGGCUGUGGCAGCCACCCUAGGCCCAAGAGAUGAAAUAUUAGUGUGCAGAGAUCUUAAUAGUCAGACCCCUAUUGUUACUGAAUCCUAGGUGAACUCUAAACCUUCCUCCUCAUCCCUAUGAAAGAAUAAAAUUUCUUUGUCCGA